ACACACUUUGAGGGAGGACAAAACACACACUCACGCUGCCGGGGUUGGAAGCAGAAGGGAGAGCAGGAGGUGAAGAAAGAAAAGAGAGGAGGAGAAGAAGAGGGCAGGAAAACGCUCACUUUGUGAUGGUGCCUCUGUUUGGGCAGUCAGACUAAAGCAGAAGUCAAAAGGGAAGGAGCGGUCAUUUUCUAGGAUUUUAUUUGCUUUAAGUCCUCACACUUGGGAGCGACUGUGGAAAGAAUGAGGUCCAGGACGAGUGGAAUGGAGUCUCCAGACAGCGGGCACCUGCAGGUCAAACAGCCCGGGAAAAGCUUCCACAAAGAGAUGGAGCACGGGGACAGCAUACAGGAGCUGAUGAAGCAGACCGUCACUGCUGAGAAGGAGAAAGAGAGGGAGAGAAAAGAUGAGAAUGUGGUUCCUGGAACGGUGAAGAGAGCAGAGAAACCUUCAGAUCAGUGCAGGAGGAAAGCAGGACUGAUGGAGCUUUCCAAAGAAGAGCUGGUCCGCCUGCUCAGCAUCAUGGAGGGAGAGGUACAGGCUCGUGAGGACAUUAUCCACAUGCUGAAGUCAGAGCGGACGCAGCCUGAGGCCCUGGAGGCUUACUAUGGCUCGGCUGCUCCCAUCAGACCCCUACAGGCCCUGCAAAGGGACAACCAGUUGACCUGCGACAGAGCUCCCCAGGAUGAUGUCUAUGAGAUCCCCAUGGUGGAGCUGGACCGUUUAGAGGAGAAGCACAGAGAGACGUACAGGCGCAUGCUAGAGCAGCUGCUGCUGGCUGAGAAGUGCCACCGCCGAACCAUUAACGAACUGGACAGUGAAAAACGCAAGCACGCCGACUUCAUGAACAAGAGCGAUGACUUCACCAACCUGCUGGAGCAGGAGCGCGAGAGGCUAAAAAGACUGCUGGAGCAGGAGAAGGCAUACCAGGCCCGUAAGGACAAGGACCACAGCCGACGGCUGGAAAAGGUAAGAGAAGAGCUGGUGAAGCUUAAGUCCUUUGCACUGAUGCUGGUGGACGAGAGACAGCUCCAUAUUGACCAGAUCGAUCAGCAAAGCCAGAAGAUCUUGGACCUCAACAAAAAGCUGCAGGAGAGAGAGGAACAUCUUGAAAGUGUCUCCAACAAAUCCAAAGAGGAGAGUCAGAGGAUUCAGAAGUUGGAGGUAGAGUUAGAGCAGAAGGCUGCUAAAUUUGCGCAGGAGCACGAAGAGAUGACAGCAAAGUUAUCCAGUCAGGAAGCACAGAGCCGGCAGUUACGCAUGAAGCUGGCAAGUCUGUCACGGAGAAUUGAGGAGCUUGAGGAGAGCAAUAAGGUGCUGCAAAAAUCUGAGGAGGAUCUUCAGGAGUUGAGGGACAAAAUCAGCAGGGGAGAGUGUGGAAACUCAAGUCUCAUGGCUGAGCUGGAGAACCUGCGUAAGAGAGUGCUUGAGAUGGAGGGGAAGGAUGAAGAGAUCACAAAAGCAGAGGCACAGUGUAAGGAGCUGAGGAGGAAGCUGCAAGAUGAGGAGAACCAUGGACGUGAACUGAAAAUCGAAAUUGAAAAGUUGCAGAAAAGGAUGGUGGACUUGGAGAAACUUGAGGGAGCUUUUAAUGUGAGCAAGUCAGAGUGUGCCUUACUUCACACAAACCUGGAGCGAGAGAAGAAUUUGACAAAGAACUUAGCCAGAGAGCUUGACACAGUUAAAAAUCGUGUUAAAGAGCUUGAGUGCGCAGAGUCAAGGCUCGAAAAGGCUGAAGUAAGUUUGAAGGAUGACUUGACAAAGCUGAAGUCAUUUACUGUAAUACUAGUAGAUGAGAGAAAGAACAUGGCAGAGAGAAUUAAACAAGAAGAACAAAAAAGUGAAGACAUGAGCAGGAGGUUCAAGGCUGAGCAAUGCAAGGUCAUGGAAGUCACGGAGAAACUGAUCGAAGAGAGCAAAAAGCUCUUGAAACUCAAGUCAGAGAUGGAAAUGAAAGUGUCCACUCUCACAAAGGAGAAAGAAGACCUGAGGAACAGACUUGUAAGUGAAGAGGAGAAGCGAAAGGAUCUCAGUGUAAAGGUCAGCCUAAUGCAGAAAAGAAUGGAUUAUUUGGAGGAAACUGAGAGAAAAUCCUUGAGAAGUAGAGUUGAUGUUGACAAGGCAAGUUAUUCUGAAGAGGACAACAAGGUAAAGGAGUUAACAGAUGAAAUUGAGAGGCUAAAGAAUCGCCUGAAGCAGCUUGAAGUUGUGGAAGGCGAUUUAAUGAAGACUGAGGAUGAGUAUGACCUGCUUGAAAAGAAGUUCAGAACAGAGCAGGACAAGGCCAAUGCACUUUCGCAGCUCCUGGAGGAAAUGAAGAUGCAGAUUGCCAGAAACAAAGCAAUAGAAAAAGGAGAGGCUGUGAGCCAAGAAGCUGAGCUGAGAUUGAGGUGCAAGAUGGAGGAAGCCAGGACCAGAGAUUUGCAGGCAGAUGUCUUGGCCCUCAAGGAGAAGAUUCAUGAACUGAUGAACAAGGAGGACCAGCUAUCUCAGCUCCAGGUUGACUACACAGUUCUCCAGCAGAGGCUAAUUGAAGAAGAGGACAGGAAGAAAAGUAUGAGCCAACAAAUCCUAAACCUCACCAAGGAGUUAGAGGUCACUAAGCGCUACAGUCGGGCACUGCGUCCUAGCAUGAAUGGAAGGAGGAUGGUGGAUGUUCCCCUUACCUCAACGGCUGUGCAGACAGAUGCAGAAAGUAGCGAAGUUGUUGAAGAGGACACACCGGCAGUAUUCAUUAGGAAAUCUGUCCUGGAAGAAAAUCAUGUCAUGAGCAGUUUGAGACAGAAAGGCCUCAAGAAACCAGCAGUGCUGGAACGUUAUCCACCUGCAGCAACAGAGCUAAGUAUGAGAAAAUCAUGGAUACCCUGGAUGAAGAAGAAGGACGGGAUGACUGAUGCGCAGGAUGGCUCAGACAAAGGAAUCCAUAAGAUUAACGGAGAUGCACCUGAGUUGACCAUGCCUCAGAAACCGGGGCAGCCGUUGCAUAUCAGAGUGACUCCAGAUCAUCAAAACAGCACUGCAACAUUGGAGAUCACUAGUCCUCGUGCUGAGGACUUCUUCUCAAGCACUACCAUCAUCCCCACUUUGGGCUUACAGAAGCCUCGGAUCACUAUAGUUCCCAAGCCUACCACAGUAUCACCGAAGAGUGCGUGUGAUGGACCGGAGAGGACCAAGUCUCCAGUGACCAUUACUACCAUUUCCAGAGCCAAGUCCUCAGAUGGAAGCAAUGGCUCUUACUCUGACCGUCCAACCUCCCCUGUCUCAGUCAUUACAGUCAGCACAACCCCUGUGGCCCAGGCAUCUGUCUCUCCAGAGCCUCACGAGAUGACCAUGGGCCGGGCCGUGUUUAAGGUGACCCCAGAAAAGCAGGCGGUGCCGACACCAAUCCGCAAAUACAACUCCAACACCAACAUCAUAACGACAGAGGACAACAAAAUACACAUUCACUUGGGUUCCCAGUUCAAGAGGACUCAGGAUGCCGGCAACAAUCCACACAUGCUCACAGUAAGGCCUCUCAGUGUGACCGCAGAGAGCAAAGAGACACCUACUGGCACUGUCCUGCGCUCACCUCGACAAACCUCCACAUCUGCAGGGAAAACCGUCUCUGGCAAAAUGACCAGCAGCAUCACCAUUACCCCAAUCACUUCGGCUCCCUCCAGACCUACCCAGUCUGUGUUGCUUCUGAAAUGUUUCAAAAUGAUAUCAGGGGGUGUCUGCUCCCUAGAUAGCUCUCUGCCCAGUCCGGGACGGAUGUGCAGUCAUCUCGGUCGGCAGCCACGCGAAUCCCUAUGUCAAAAGAAAAUGUUGUGCUCCACAUGACUAUCGAGCCGCGCUGAGACUGUGGUUUAGCACUAAGGCCUUCAGCUUUGUAAACAUCUCCGCAGCUCAGAUACGGAGCCUUCCUGUCCGCUCAUCCACAGGCACAGGGGUCAACACCAGAGUCGCUCUGACCAUUAACCUUCGGAGCCCAGCUACACUGGGAAGCUGGCGAAAUGCAUGUUGGUGACAUGCACAAGAACAUGAAGCAACACUCAUGAUACACUACGGGUGUGACAAUGCAGCUGAAGGUGGCGGUCCACCUGCAUCAAUUUUGGACUGUUAGAAUCGAUUAUAAUGGAUUAUAAUAAUAUUUAAUAAAGUUUGUGCUCGUUUUUUUGUCCAAAAACUAAUUUUCAGGCUAAAAAUGGCCAAAAAAGGCUGAUGUUUUUGUUGUUGUCUUUAUUCCACUAGUGUAUAUCCUGUAGCCACUCCAGUGCAUUUCUAAAAGGAAUUUAAAGAAUUUUUAAUUGUACCAAAAUAAUAAUCGAGAUGUCAUCAGGCAUUGAAUUGCUUCCGGAAGAGCCCUAAUCAAAUGAAAUUGAAUGAGUUUAGAGAUUUACUCCUCUGUAUUGUAGGUACAGUAGAGGUGAACUCCACCCAUUUUUCCAAAAUUUUACGGAAUUAAGUGGAACCAGACGUCCACCACUAAAAGUUCCCUCAUAGAAAAUUAUUAGAAGAAGUGGUCAUGAAUUCACAGCCUGAUGCCUGAUGUCUUGUUUUAUGAUAAUUGAUUUAAAUCCAUUAAUUGUAAUCCAGUCAUCGCGAAGGGAUAUAUGCAAGAUGCUGUGAGGCAGAAGAGUCCCCAAAGACAACUUCCAGAUUUUCUCCCAUUUUACUGUCAUCAACAUUAUCAACAUCAUAUAUGUAAACUCAGGAGACACAUGUAGGUUCGCCGGUUCUGUAUUCAUGGCGACCCCUGGUUCCUAUCACCACCACCGUAAAGAAAAGUCUGUACAAUCAACCAUUUCACACCCGACCCUGUGACUCUGUUUACAUUUCAGCCACUGAAUCAUUCAGAAAAAUGUAAAGUUUAAAGAAAGUCUGAUUCAGUUGUGGCAGCCGUAUGGUGUGGUGACACAUGGUGAGUAAUUCCAUAAGGUCACUGCCACUAACACCUUCAGCUUUGCAUGAUAUGAAACGUUUAGUCAUGAAAAUGUUUUGAGUCAAAAAUUGAUGUAUUUCCUCUGCUGUUUCAGUUACAUAUUGCUCUCACUUAAAGGUGACUUUCACAGUAGCCUUUUAUCUCUUUGUGUCAAGUAACAGUGAGAAACACAAUCAGUGUAAUACUUCAAGCAAAACCGGGUCCUUGUUCUAAAGGUUAGACCUUAUAAUGUCAGUUUUUGAGCAGUAAAUCUUUGAAGGCCUGUGAUGUCACUUAUUCCUCUAGUCGCUUAAAGAGUAAUUCCACCUAUUUUUCUAAAUUUCUGUAUAAUUCUGUGGUUGAGAUGUAAACAAAGUCAGAUUUCUUAACAGUGGUGGUGAUAGGAACCAGGGGUCACCAUGUCUAAAACACAA